CGCAAGUUUCCGAGCCGCGUGCGGGGCCCCGGCGCCGGCCAGCGGGCGAGCGCCGAGAGCAUGGGCAGCGACCGGAGCGCGCCCGGACGGCCGGGCUGGGCGGGCAGUCUCCUCGGCGGCCGGGAGGCGGCGGCGCGGCCGCGACUGCUGCCGCUGCUCCUGGUGCUUCUGGGCUUCCUGGGCCGCGGCGCGGCGGCGGAGGACGCAGAAGUCAACGCCGAGAACUGGCUGAGGCUCUACGGCUACCUGCCCCAGCCGAGCCGUCACAUGUCCACCAUGCGCUCCGCCCAGAUCCUGGCCUCAGCCCUGGCCGAGAUGCAGCGCUUCUAUGGGAUUCCCGUCACGGGCGUGCUCGACGAAGAAACCAAGGCGUGGAUGAAGCGACCCCGCUGUGGGGUGCCAGACCAGUUUGGGGUGCGUGUGAAAGCCAACCUGCGACGGCGGCGGAAACGCUAUGCCCUCACGGGGAGGAGGUGGAGCAGCUACCAGCUGACCUUCAGCAUCCAGAACUACACAGAGAAGCUGGGAUGGUACCACUCGCUGGAGGCGGUACGAAGGGCCUUCCGCGUGUGGGAGCAGGCCACACCCCUGGUCUUCCAGGAGGUGCCCUAUGAGGACAUCCGGCUGCGGCGGCAGAAGGAGGCUGACAUCAUGGUACUCUUCGCCUCUGGUUUCCACGGCGACAGCUCACCAUUUGAUGGCACGGGGGGCUUUCUGGCUCACGCCUAUUUCCCUGGCCCUGGUCUGGGCGGGGAUACCCAUUUUGAUGCAGAUGAGCCCUGGACCUUCUCCAGCACUGACCUGCAUGGGAACAGCCUCUUCCUGGUGGCAGUGCAUGAGCUGGGCCACGCGCUAGGGCUGGAGCACUCUAGCAACCCCAGUGCCAUCAUGGCGCCGUUCUACCAGUGGAUGGACACCGACACCUUCCAGCUGCCCGAGGACGAUCUCCGGGGCAUCCAGCAGCUCUACGGCACCCCGGAUGGCCAGCCACAGCCCACCCGGCCUCUCCCCACCGUGACUCCCCGGCGACCAGGCCGGCCAGAUCAUCGGCCCCCCAGGCCCCCCCAGCCACCACCCCCAGGUGGGAAGCCGGAGCGGCCCCCAAAGCCAGGCCCCCCAGCCCAGCCCCGAGCCACGGAACGGCCUGACCAGUAUGGCCCCAACAUCUGCGACGGGGACUUUGACACAGUAGCCAUGCUGCGUGGGGAGAUGUUCGUGUUCAAGGGCCGCUGGUUCUGGCGAGUUCGACACAACCGCGUCCUGGACAACUAUCCCAUGCCCAUCGGGCACUUCUGGCGUGGUCUGCCCAGUGACAUCAGUGCUGCCUACGAGCGCCAAGAUGGGCGUUUUGUCUUCUUUAAAGGUGACCGCUACUGGCUCUUCCGAGAAGCAAACCUGGAGCCUGGCUACCCACAGCCACUGACCAGCUAUGGCCUCGGCAUCCCCUAUGACCACAUUGACACGGCCAUCUGGUGGGAGCCCACAGGUCACACCUUCUUCUUCCAGGAGGACAGGUACUGGCGCUUCAAUGAGGAGACGCAGCGCGGAGACCCCGGCUACCCCAAGCCCAUCAGUGUCUGGCAAGGGAUCCCUACCUCCCCCAAAGGGGCCUUCCUGAGCAAUGAUGCAGCCUACACAUACUUCUACAAGGGCACCAAGUACUGGAAGUUCGACAACGAGCGCCUGCGGAUGGAGCCGGGCUACCCCAAAUCCAUCCUGCGGGACUUCAUGGGCUGCCAAGAGCACGUGGAGCCGGGACCCCGCUGGCCCGAUGUGGCCCAUCCGCCCUUCAACCCCGACGGGGGUGCAGAGCCCGGGGCGGGCGGGGAGGGCGAGGAGGGCGAGGAGGGCCGUGAGGCCGGCGCGGGCGGCGGGGAGGGGACAGGCGGGGACGGGGGCAGCCGCGUGGUGGUGCAGAUGGAAGAGGUCCCGCGGACGGUGAGCGUGGUGCUGGUGCUGGUGCCGCCGCUGCUGCUGCUCCUGUCUGUCCUGGGCCUCAGCUACGCCCUGGUGCGGAUGCAGCGCAAGGGCGCGCCGCGCGCGCUCCUCUACUGCAAGCGCUCCCUGCAGGAGUGGGUCUGACGCGCCGCGCCCCGCCCUCCUGCCCCUCUCGGCGCUGUGGGGGCGGGGCCGCUGGGCACCGAGCCCGCAGCCUUCCAGGGCUCCCUCAGCC